UGUCCAGUCCAAAAUCAACUUCCUCAGUGUCCAAUCCAACAGUAACUUCCUCAGUGUCCAAUCCAACACUAACUUCCUCAAUGUCCAAUCCAACAGUAACUUCUUCAGAGUCCAAUCCAACAGUAACUUCCUCAGUGUCCAGUUCAAAAGUAACUUCCUCAGUGUCCAAUCUAACAGUAACUUCCUCUGUGUCAAGUCCAAAAGUAACUUCCUCUGUGUCCAAUACAACAGUAACUUCCUCAAUGUCCAAUCCAACAGUAACUUCCUCAGUGUCUAGUCCAAAAGUAACUUCCUCAGUGUCCAAUCCAACAGUAACUUCCUCAGUGUCAAGCCCAAAAGUAACUUCCUCUGUGUCCAAUCCAACAGUAACUUCCUCAGUGUCCAGUCCAACAGUAACUUCCUCAGUGUCCAGUCCAACAGUAACUUCCUCAGUGUCCAAUCUAACAGUAACUUCCUCAGUGUCCAGUCCAACAGUAACUUCCUCAGUGUCCAGUCUAACAGUAACUUCCUCAGUGUCAAGCCCAAAAGUAACUUCCUCUGUGUCCAAUCCAACAGUAACUUCCUCAGUGUCAAGUCCAAAAGUAACUUCCUCAGUGUCCAGUCCAAAAGUAACUUCCUCAGUGUCCAGUCCAAAAGUAACUUCCUCAGUGUCCAAUCCAACAGUAACUUCCUCAGUGUCCAAUCCAACAGUAACUUCCUCAGUGUCCAAUCCAACAGUAACUUCCUCAGUUUCCAGUCCAACAGUAACUUCCUCAGUGUCCAGUCAAACAGUAACUGACUCAGUGUCCAGUCCAACAGUAACUUCCUCAGUGUCCAGUCCAACAGUAACUUCCUCAGUGUCCAGUCCAAAAGUAACUUCCUCAGUUUCCAAUCCAACAGUAACUUCCUCUGUGCCUGAUUUGGUAUCAACUUCCUCAACUACAUCUCUAGCCACUACAGUAAAGCCAACUACUUCAACUACUCCAACAACUACCAAGAAACCAAAUACUGAUACAACAAAAGUAUGUCUGAAUGGAGGUACCCCUGAUGGCAACAACUGUAUAUGCAGCGGUAAUUUCGAUGGACCUCAGUGUGAGUUUGGUGGAAACAAAGUGGAUAUGGGAGACAAACUGAACGCUACUGUGGAUGUGACUAUGAAAAUCACAAACAAAGAGUUUCACUCAACAAUGGAAAAUAAAUCCUCUCCAGCGUAUAAAGAGUUUGAGGAAGAAUUCAAAGCUGAGAUGAAGAUGCUCUACAUCAAUAUCCGUAAUUAUAAAGAUUUGAUAAUCCACUCCCUCAGCAAGGGAAGCAUCAUUGUGAAUCAUUCUAUUGUCUUAGAAAUGGACUAUAAUUCGGAAGUAAAUGUGACCGAAAAUUACAAAGAACUUUUUGAUAAAGUGCAGGACCAGCUACUUUCGAGCAAUUGUUCAAAUGGAAAUGACGGUUUAUGCUUCCAGGAACCAGAAAUCAUAAAAGUCCCAGUCCCAAAUGAAGAAGAACUCUGCAUGAAUUUUAUUGCACCUGGUUAUAGCAAUUUUUACACUCCAACACUUACCUCCAAGGGGCUGAUUUGCUUGUCCCAUUGUGACGAGGACUCACCAGUAUAUCAAAGCUGUAAUUCUGGUGACUGCAAAUUAGAGAAGACUGGCCCAGAGUGUUACUGCCCAAAGACUGAUAUCUACAUAUACUCAUCAUCGAAGUGCAAGGGGCGAAUAUUGAAGGCCGGUUUAUAUGGAGGUGUUGGAGCCGGCAUUGCCGUGUUUGCCAUUGUUAUACUUACUGUAGGAAUACUCCUGCACAAAGCCAAACAACCAAUGAAACGCAAGGACCCCUUCUCUAAAGACCAAGAGAGAAAAUGGUAUGAAGAUAAUGAUGAUGAUGAAUGGGGUGUUACACAAGGCUUUAAGAACAUGAGAUCAGAACAGGGAGAGAAUGAUACCUCCAAAAAUGGAAAGAAUAAUAAAGAAAACUUCAAACCUGCUCUGGAAAAUGUUGACACCAGAAUUGCGGUGAAGAUACAGAGACCACAGGUUGCCGGAAGAUGAUGGAUCCUGGGCUUAUGAGUAGGAAAGACGGCAUCACAGAGAGAGAGCGCCUAUAUACCCAGAUCCAGUCACCAAUUCAGACAGCUACACGCCACGAAGAACAGGGAGAACAUGGUACUUAGACUCUGCCCAACUGUCUCUAUAAAAAUCCUGCAUUAAAUGUGACUGAUUUCCUGUGAAGCGACCAGUGAAUGUGACUUGAUUGUGAUCAAUGCACAGUUUUAGCUAAAAUCUGCUUUAUUUGCCUUAUAAUUGCUAAAACAUGAAAAUCAACUGCUCAGAAAAAACAGAAAUAUCAACCAAACCCACUAAAACUGGUUUGGCUGGUCCCAGAAAUUUGGAUGGAUUGACUACUGUGAAAAUAGGAUGUGCUGAUGAUCAUUGUUUGCCCCUUAUUUACUUGGUCCACUCAAUAUAUACC